GCUACCAAGGCAGGCUACAAGUCCCUUUCCGAAAUGGCUAAUAACGGAAAAGGCGGAUUCAGAGCUUCCAUGUUCAUUUACAUCUUGAAUUCACUAGAGAACAUGGGUUUCGUAGCAAACAUGGUUAGCUUGUUCUCGUACUUCUAUGGGUUGAUGCAUUUUGAUUUGAGUGGUGCUGCUAACACUCUUACAAACUUCAUGGGUGCAACUUUCCUGCUGUCCCUGGUCGGGGGCUUCGUUUCAGACACGCUCUUGAGCAGACUUAAUACUUGUCUUAUUUUUGGAACAAUUGAAUUACUGGGUUUGAUGCUGAUGACGAUCCAAGCUUACUCGAACAAGCUGCAUCCGGCUGAUUGUGGCAAGCCAAGUUGUGUUGAAGGAGGUACAGCAGUCAUGCUUUACGUUUCGCUGUGUUUGUAUGCGUUGGGUUCUGGUGGAGUUAGAGGAGCUCUUCCUGCACUGGGUGCUGACCAAUUCAACCAGAAGGAUCCAAAUGAAGCGGAAGCUCUCGCCAGCUUUUUCAACUGGGUCAUACUCAGCGCCACUGUUGGAGCGUCAGUGGGAGUAACAGUGAUCGUGUGGGUUAGCUCAACAGUGGCAUGGUACUGGGGUUUUUUCAUAUCACUGGUAACUGCCUUCAUUGGUUUUAUUGUUCUUGCCCUUGGGAGGCGUUUCUACCGCAUCCAACCCCAUGGACAGAGCCCCAUCAUAAGGACUGUGCAGGUUAUAGUUGUGGCAAUUAAAAAUCGAAGUUUGUCACCACCAGAGUGUCCUGGUGAACUUUAUGAGAUCAAUGAUCAAGUAACAGAUUUUACUGACCCAAAACUUGCACACACUGACCAAUUUAGGUGUCUAGACAAAGCUGCUAUUCUUGGCAAAGACUCAGAGCCAAGGCCAUGGGAAGUUUGCACAGUGACCCAAGUAGAAGAAGUCAAGAUCCUAACAAGAAUGUUGCCUAUUUUAUUCAGCACGAUCAUAAUGAACACAUGUUUAGCACAACUCCAAACAUUUUCAGUACGUCAAGGAAAUGAAAUGGAUCGCUUUCUUGGCUCUUUUGAGGUUCCUGCAUCAUCAAUCCCUAUAAUCCCUCUAGUUUUCAUGUCCAUUCUCAUUCCAAUCUAUGAGUUCGUUUUUGUUCCUUUUGCGCGUAAGAUCACUGGCCAUCCAGCAGGGAUCACACAACUUCAAAGAGUUGGAAUUGGGCUAGUUCUCUCAGCCAUUUCCAUGGCUGUAGCAGGCCUUGUGGAAGUGAAGAGAAGGAACAAGGCCCUUGAAAUCCCACCCAGGAAUAUAAGUCUGUUUUGGCUCUCCUUUCAGUAUGGAAUUUUUGGGAUUGCAGACAUGUUUACUCUUGUGGGACUGUUGGAGUUUUUCUAUAAGGAAGCACCCAAAGGCAUGCGAUCACUGUCUACUUCCUUUACAUGGGUGUCACUGUCUUUUGGCUACUUCCUGAGUACUAUCUUUGUUGAUAUCAUUAACUCUGUAACCAAGAGAAUAGCUCCAAGCAAGCAGGGAUGGUUACAUGGAUCGUUUAUCAAUAAGAACAACCUGAAUCUCUUCUACUAUUUCUUAGCCAUCCUGAGCUGCAUCAACUUUGUAAACUAUCUAUACUGGGCUUCGUGGUACAAGUACAAAGCAGAAGAUCAUCCCGAUACUGAGCUAAAGCUAAAGGCUUUGAGUGCUCCUCCUGUGUUCAGGAAAGAAAGCACUCAAGAUAAUAUUGGAGCUAUAACAAACGGGGCAGCUUCUGCUGAACACACAGAGGAUGCUAAAGAAGAUGGUGGCAAAUUGUUAAACCCAGCCUCUGAAUCAAAAAAGUCAGAUGCUCACACUGGCUGCUAAGUACUUAAUUGUAUGCAUGGAUCGUUCUCUCUCCAUAUAUACAUAUUGGUGUUUUUGUUUGUUAGCUCUUUGAGAAGCAUUAUCAGUGAGAAGGGAAUGUGUUAUGAUGCCUAGAAU